AUGAAGUGGAGACAGUCUUUGCUCCUGUUGUUCACAGGUCUGUGUGUUCUCACCCACUGCCUUCCUCUUCAGUACCACUUCAUCAGUACCCGUCUUCCCUGGUUGAAGGCCCAGACGUACUGCAGAGAGCAGUAUACUGACUUGGCCACUGUCUUUGACAUAGAGGACACGAACCGGCUGGUGAACACGGCUCAGGACUCCACCGGGGGCUUUACAGAGAAGGCCUGGAUCGGGCUGCACGAUAACCUCACCAGCUGGAGGUGGUCAUUUUCAGACAGCGGUUACUACAGAGACAAGGAGGGCGACUACAGGAACUGGUAUUUCGGUCAGCCUGACAACUUCCUCGGGGACCAGAUGUGUGUGAAGAUGUGGGGUGGAGGGGUGUGGGAGGACUCGAGUUGCUUCCUGAGAAACCCCUUCAUCUGCUAUGAUGGAACAUCCAGUACCAAUGAGCCUUUCAUUCUUGUUGAGCAGGACAUGAGCUGGCGUGACGCUCAGCUGUACUGCAGGAAGCACUACACAGACCUGGCCAGUGUCAGAAACCAGAAAGAGAAUCAGGAGAUCCAGCUCUUGACCAGAAAUGGGGGCGUGUGGAUCGGCCUCUACAGGACUCGGUUGUGGUCAGAUCACAGUCAGUCCACCUAUCGGCACUGGAAGGCCGGACAGCCUGAUAACGUCGGCGGGAGGCAGAGCUGCGUGGCGACUGAUCUGGGCGACGCCGGCCUGUGGUCAGAUGAACAGUGCGACAGGGAGCUCGCUUUCAUCUGCUAUGGAGAAAACAAUGAAACUCCAGAAAAGCCGGUUUUGUCCACCACCACCACCACAGUGACCCCAGUAACACCAGUGACCCCAGUAACCCCAGUAACCAGUACAAACACUUCAUCCAGAGAAACGUCCAGCAGCUCAUUCUUGUCCACCACAGUGAGCCCAAAUAAAACAACCAGCACUGAGACUGAAUCAGCUGCUGGUCGUGUGAGUGCAGAGUUUUCUUCAUCCGAGCAGCCUUUUACCUCGAAGGGAACUAGCUCCUCUGAGCAGCCUGUUACUGAGCAUGUGAUAAAACUGAGAGUGACGUUCACCUCUAAGAUACAACUGAGUCAAGAUGGCAUCAAAGAGCUGGUCUCAGUGGAGUUUCACAAUCUACUGACAGAGAUGGGACUUCCUGCGAGCAUCAAGGUGAGCGUGAAGAGACCAGUGAAAUAAUGAGGAACCAGCUGACUAGGACAGAGGGAUGAAUGGAGGACACGUGAAGAGAUGUAGAAGGAAGAGUUCUGAUUUAUUUUUAAUCUAAGAUAGUUCUUGUAUGUAUUAAACCAAGAAAACA